UCAUGAUGAAUAAGAUAAAAGAUUCAUGAAAAUGACAUCGAUUUUGCACUUCCUGCAUCAUUGCCAAGCCGUCCAUGUCAGAUCAAGUCAGCAGGGAUCAGACGAUCGGCUUUGCAGAUAGAAAAGUGGAUCCGGCUUGGCAGAUAACGAAGCUGUGGAGACCCCACCUCUCCGCCUUUCUAUCGAAGCCCAAGCGUGCCGCCAACGAUCUCGGAAGACGCCUUUGAGAAUAAAAGAUCGAUUACCGUACGAUACCGAUGGAUAUGGACACGGAAAUGCCGCGGUUCAUCCGACCAUGCGGACGGCCAUCUCCCACGCGAGCUUCCCGUUACUGGCCCGUCCAAGGGAAAAUAUAUUGCUGCCCGUUCUUGGCUGCCAAAUUGGCCGCGGCCAACUCUACUCGAGACCAAGAGACCAAGACCAACUGUCCAAACCAAGAAUUCGUCGCGGCUGCCAUUGGCGCUACCUGACUGGGCGGGUGGCUUUCUCAGGCGCGCCGAUCGAGUGCCCGUAUCGAGGGUUUUGCCCAUGAUCAUGCAGCGCAGCGUCGGCCCUUGGCUUGUCUUUCUGCUUGCAGCAUAGAUAGAAACAAACUCUACUCGUUGGAAAGGAGCAGCAGUUGCGUCGUCAGCAAGAAGACUUGGUGAUGCCGCCGUCCAAUGCGACAGCUAACUUGGCUGAUAAUAUUGCAGGGAGCAAUACCUUGAUAUCAAGCCACAUCUUAACCAGGCGCCCCGGCACCUAACAGUUAGUGUCCUGCGACAACGCUUACUGCUGUUAUAACCGCCGAAGAAUGGGCUCUGGAUCAACGAUUCAACGCACACACGCCGGCAGGGGGCGACAGUUCAAUUCCGACUUUCAUGAUUCAGCGCAAUUUGGGCUUCUCAGACUUUUCGAGGAGAGGGCGUGAAUUGUCCGAUAGUCCUUCAUAAGAGAAUGGCCACCACCAGAUGUACCAGAUAAAAGACGCAGCCGUCCUGCCGAGGCGUGGGUGAGGGCGUCUCAGACGAACAAAGCGAAGGGGUCAAAUGGUAGAGGCGGGAAGCAAAGCCGUAAUUCGAAUAACCGGGAAAAGGUCUAGAGCAGGUGGUAUUUUCAAAAGUGAGGGAUUGGAGCUGAACCAGUCUGCAAAGUUUCACUUGGAAAUCCUCCGUACCUUAAUUGUCCAUGGAUAUCAGAUUGUGCCAUGCUCGGAUCAAACCUGUGAAUCGUGAGCUGUCUUCUUCUGUUCCUUCUGUACUGGCCCACAAACCUGAAUUCUGUGAAAUAAAAACGGCGAAAAAAGGUUGCUCCCGCAUUCAGCGGAUGACCAAGUUCCAGCUUCUUUUUCACCAACUCUUGUGAACCUGGAACCCGACGGCACCCCUGCCCUCCCCGCCGAAGGACCCGACCCACUUGGGAUUAGCUUGCUGUGUCCACCAUCAAGCACAGCCCUCCCGCCCCCCUCUCCUGCCUCAAACAGCGAGACAUCCCCCCAACCCUAGCGCCCAUCUCUCGCCUCGACUCCGCUUCCAUCCUUUAACAUAGCGGUUCGCUCCAACCAACCCUUCCCUUCCUCUUCCACCCCGAUUGCCUUUAACCGUAUCCCUUCUCCACUCAUUCGCACGCAGCACACAGUGUUCGCCGGCCCUUUGAGGGAGUUCACCUUUGACGCAGCUCGAGCGGACUUCUGCUUCCGACCGCGAAUGAAGCAGAGCCGUUGCAUCCUCGAGGGGUAAUCUGUCGACGACAACACGGGCGCAUCUGCUCGCCGCCAGCAAUCUGCGAUGCUGAUGGCCGUCGUGCACCCUUGAAGUUCACCACAGCGCCACUGAGCCUUCACCUUCAUAUCAUCUCGUCUCGUCCCGUCUCUCCCAAGAUGGCCUUCAUUGAUCCUGCCUUGGUGUUGCAAGGCGUUCGGAUAGUUGCCAGACAAGCAACCGAGACCGUGGUAUCGACCGCAUUGUCAUCAACAAUCAACCCAUCGCCCACCACGGACAUCACCAACUCACCAACGGACUCGCCCACCGUCCAACCCUCUUUGACCUCUCCCACAUCAUCGACCUCACCCGAAGUGACUCCGAGUCCGUCUCCGCAGCCAUCGCCGGGAGGUAACAAUUCCUCGCCGUUGCUGUUUUUUGUAGCGCUGGGCUUUGGUGUCGUCUUCACCAAUCUCUGGAUUAUCGUUGGGGUCAAGUACUGCUUCAGAUACAAUGCCCGUAACCGUCAAAUGCGGAUGAAUGAAGAUGGCGAACCAAUCAACAUGGAGAACAUGCCUCGCCCGCAUCGUCGUCGGCGCGAAAAGAAAUUGAUGACCAUCGAUGAGGUCAACGAAAAAUUUCCGAUGCUCAAGUACAAGACGUGGGUUGCAAGCCGAGCGCAAGAAGGACUACCUACCCGCGGCGGUGUUUCAAGCCCCAGUCGCCCAAACAGUGUCCGCGAUGCCGAAGGUGUGAUUUCCGAGCUUCCUAAUAAGGAGCGCAUGUCUACCGAGGAGCGACCAACAACGAGCGCAACCGCACCAGCAGCAGAAACGACAGCGAAAAGGGAAACGGCCGCAACUCCCGAGUCAACGACGGCGGCUGCCCAGACCGAGAAGCCCGGAAAACAUGCUUCAAAGGAAAGCACCUCGAGUUCGAUAGGUGGGCCUCAGCCAAGGAUAUCCACGGAUAGGGAACGGGAUGGGGGCAAUGAUGGAGUUCGGGAUGCUGAUGCCGGAACUCUCCAUAAAGCGUCGACCCAAGGCGCACAUGAUGACGAUGAGGAAGAUGAUGAGCACAUUGAUGCUGCCAUCCCACCCGAAUGCAUGGGGACCUCGGGAGACACGUGUGCUAUUUGCAUCGACACUCUCGAAGACGACGAUGACGUGCGCGGCUUGACUUGUGGCCAUGCUUUCCACGCUGUUUGCUUGGACCCGUGGCUCACGAGCAGGAGGGCAUGCUGCCCAUUGUGCAAGGCUGAUUAUUACACUCCCAAGCCACGACCUCCAGGCGCUGAGAGUCCCGACGGGGCCACGGUGAUCGCCAUCAGUCUCGUUGAUUCGCGCUCGAACCGGAUGAACAUGCCCAAUCGGCCACGGCGCACCUUCUUUGGUCUUCUGGGCUCUGACAACCGGAGCGAGAGAGAAAUGUAUGCCAGUAACAGACAUAGGCAUGAUAACCGAACACGAUCCUCCCGUGCUCGCGAUAACAGGCCAGGGAACAGGACUCGUGUGCCAACGAGUCCUGCUCCAGUGUCGGAGAGCCAGGCUAGCAGCGGCGGUUGGUUCUCCAACAUGAGAACAGCUAUUUCGAGACUUCCAAGAGGGCGGCAGCAAAACACCGACAGCCAGACUACCCCACCAGCAUCGGGGGCCAACCCGGCUGUGACACCAUCCCAGCUUGAAGCUGGAGUACAGAGAUCAUGAUCUUCAGCCCAUCUUGGAGGGGAGGGGAACUGUGUGCUCAUGACAUCGCUGUUCCCCGCAUCUAUUGAUACCCGUAUUUCCCACCAUGUAUAUGUAAUUUUCUGAUGCCGUCAUAAGGACUGCUUGGGAGUCGCAAUUCGCCCAUUUCACCAGCCUCUAAAAGUUCCAGUAUUGGUGACUCGUUAUCGGAUUCUUGCAGUUUAUCUCGCAAGCACUUGCGUCUGAUAAAGUGGCGGUAAUCCCUGAGGCAUCAAGAGAAAAAUUAGCCGGUAACGAAGUGGGCGACAGACUCAGGCAUUUGAGCGCCAGGAAGAGGGUAGAAGAGAAGAGCAGGAGAGCGUUGAGCACUAAGCUGCUGGCUGGGAUAUUGGCUGUUGUACCUUUCGAUUAGUCUGUUUUUCUUCUUUCUCUCGAUCUGGCUUUCACUGUCGGUUUGUUUAUUAUGGGAUGUUUGUUUGCGGGUUGCGUCCCCCUUUGUUUUCCUCCCCACAUUUGGAUUUGCAUAGCACCCCUCAUCAUAUUUGGCUUUUUUGUUUCGAAGGACAACGCGAGAGGAGGUUACACUUGACACACACGACUCACAACUCUCUACUACAAUGGAAGCAAGGGACAAGCAUGGAGUUUACUUGGGAUUUGGUUUUGUGUUUUUUUGCUCAUGGGUUGGGCAGGGAAUGUAAGCGGGAUUGGACGGGAUGAAAUGGGAUAGGGGUGGCGGUUACAACGUGUAUAUGUUUGCGAAAUGGGGAGGGGGUUUGCUGAAAGGACUUUUUGGAGGGCUUGCCAUGUAGUGGAAUUUGAACCAGAUGAAG